AUGUCGGCUCUCCCUCACAGGAAACAGACAGCUGAGACCCUGCUGUCUCUGUCGCCGGCUGAAACUGCCAAGCUCAAAGAAGGAAUCAACUUUUUUAGGAAUAAGACUACUGGCAAAGAGUAUAUCAUUUACAAGGCGAAGGGUCACAUCAAGGCGUGCAAGAACCUGUGCAAGCACCAGGGAGGUCUGUUCAUCAAAGACAUCGAAGAUUUGGAUGCAAGGACCGUUAAAUGCACAAAGCACAACUGGAAGUUAGAUGUGAGCACCAUGAAGUACACCAACCCUCCAGGGAGCUUCUGUCAGGACGAGCUGGUUGUCGAAAUGGAUGAAAACAAUGGACUUCUCCUUGUAGAACUGAAUCCUCCUAAUCCUUGGGACUCUGAUCCCAGGGCUCCUGAAGAGUUGGCUUUUGGGGAAGUACAGGUAACAUAUCUCACUCAUGCCUGCAUGGACCUCAAGCUGGGAGACAAGCGGAUGGUGUUUGACCCUUGGUUAACUGGCCCUGCUUUUGCUCGAGGAUGGUGGCUGCUACACGAGCCUCCAUCUGACUGGCUGGAGAGGCUGUGCAAAGCAGACCUCAUUUACAUCAGUCACAUGCACUCAGACCACCUGAGCUAUCCUACUCUGAAGCUGCUUUCCCAGAGGCGACCAGACAUUCCCAUUUAUGUUGGUGACACAGAAAGGCCUGUGUUUUGGAAUCUUGACCAGAGUGGUGUCCGGUUAACUAACAUCAAUGUGGUACCGUUUGGACUAUGGCAACAGGUAGACAGCAAUCUCCGGUUCAUGAUCUUGAUGGAUGGCGUUCAUCCUGAGAUGGACACAUGCAUUAUCGUGGAGUACAAAGGUCAUAAAAUACUCAACACCGUGGACUGCACCAGACCCAAUGGGGGAAGGCUGCCUGAGAAAGUUGCUCUAAUGAUGAGUGAUUUUGCUGGAGGAGCAUCAGGCUUUCCAAUGACCUUCAGUGGUGGAAAAUUUACCGAGGAAUGGAAAGCCCAGUUCAUUAAGGCGGAAAGAAGAAAGCUUCUGAAUUACAAAGCCCAGCUGGUGAAGGACCUGCAGCCUCGGAUCUACUGCCCCUUUGCUGGGUAUUUUGUGGAAUCGCACCCAUCUGACAAGUAUAUUAAGGAAACAAACACUAAAAAUGACCCGAACCAACUCAACAAUCUUAUCAAGAAAAGCUGUGAAGUGAUGACAUGGACUCCACAGCCUGGAGCUACCCUUGACCUGGGCAGGAUGUUGAAGGACCCAACAGACAGCAAGGGCAUCAUGGAGCCUCCAGAAGGGACAAAAAUUUACAAGGAUUCCUGGAACUUUGACCCGUACCUGGAGACCUUGCAUUCUGCUGUUGAAGAUGAAAUCUUUCUUCACCCAUCCUGGAUAAAAGAGUACUUCACCUGGGCUGGAUUCAAGAAUUACAACCUGGUGGUCAGGAUGAUCGAAACAGAUGAAGACUUCAACGCUUUGCCUGGAGGGUACGACUAUCUGGUGGACUUUCUAGAUUUGUCUUUUCCAAAAGAGAGACCAAGCAGGGAGCAUCCCUAUGAAGAAAUCCGUAGCCGUGUGGAUGUCAUCAGGUACGUGGUGAAGCACGGGCUGCUGUGGGAUGACCUGUACAUUGGAUUCCAGACCCGGCUGCAGAGGGACCCUGAUAUAUACCAUCACCUGUUUUGGAAUCAUUUUCAGAUAAAACUCCCCCUGACACCACCCAACUGGAAAUCAUUCCUGAUCCACUGUGAUUAGGCAGGACCUGGCAUGUCCCAGAUUAAUCCCACAGACAGCUGCGUGAAGACUGUUGCCAGAGAGAGUUGUGGACAUCAUCUGGUUGCCAGACACAAGCCUGGGAGGUGCCCCAAAACUCAUCUCAUCGGGACUGGAAUGACUCUGAUUCUGUUAUGAAAUCUAUCAAUUAAUGGAGCCUGGGAGUUCUAAUAGUUAAAUAGCUCUUUGGCUGAGGGAUGAUACAAGAUUUGUUAAUAAUCUUAUAGAAAAUGUGCUUUAAAAAUCAAUAGAAAAUAAGAAUCUAUGUCUUCAAAAUACCAACAGCAAAAAUCCCACAAAAGAACUCCUUUUAGGACUCUUAAAAUAUUAUUUCAAUGUUUAAAACAGGUAACUAAAUUGCCUGUGAGUUUUUCUAUUUUUAUAAAAUUUAUGAUUAUUUCAGAUGUAUAAAUUGAUUUGUAAGAAACUGUAAUUAUUAGCCAAGGUUCUAUUUUGCAUGUUGAUUUUCUAAUAUUCCUCCACCUACCAUCGGUAUGAUCAAGUGCCCUUCUUGACUAUCACCUACCUCUUGAGUGUAACCUCAGAACUGUUUCCUAAUGCUCAUCAAUGGAAGACUGCAGGUCUCCUCCUCACAGGAACCAACAACACAAAUGAUAGAUUAUUCUUAUUUAUAUCACACUAGAUAGAAAUGCUUGGAGGUCAGAAAUUGAACUUUGUGAUUUAUUCUGUAUAGUAAAUUGUCAGUUACUACUAAAAUAAUUUAAUGUUUGUCAAAAACAGAUGUUCAGAUGUAUAUGGUGGGCAAAUAAAAGAUUAUU